AUGGCAAGCGCUACAGGUCACAAUACCAAUCUUCGCUUUCUUGACGUUGGCGAAGAGCCUAAUCAAGCCCUAUUGCCUAUUAGAGGCUACGCCAAGGAACCAUUAUUGCCAUUAGAGGAGGCUGCUCAACCAAUAAGUGAAUUAUUAGACGAUCUGGAAACAAUGGUACAUACAGCGAAAUGGAAUUCGAAAAAGCCAGCAGAUGGUCUCACUGUCGAUGAAUCGGCUGCCAUUCACCUGUACACAAUGCAGUGGGAAGAGCCGAACGUAAGUCUUUUUACUAAACUUAACACCACAUUACGUUCAAAGCGACGCGAACCAUUGAAACCAUGGUUUCGCUAUCUUAAACUCACCUUGACGGCAUUAUUCAAGUUGCCGUCAGUAAAAGCCACCGUAUGGCGUGGUGUUCGCGGUAAUUUAAGCGACCAAUACGACGAAGAACACAUAUGGUGGGGGUUCAGUUCAUGCACUGAAAGCAUGAAAGUCAUGGAACAAUUUGUUGGCACAACUGGUGUGCGAACAUUGUUCAAUAUAGAGUGCAUCAAUGGCAAGGCAAUUCAAAAGCAUUCGUUUUAUAAGGACGAAAGUGAAGUUCUUCUCUUACCUGGUACUUACUUUCGUGUAGUGGGCAAAUGGAGCCCUGCAAAAGACUUACACAUGAUACAAUUACGAGAAACACCCGCACCGCACGUGUAUUUGGAACCUCCAUUUGGAACAGCAGCAGCAGCACCACCACCACCAAGUAAGCCGGUCGUUCUACCUCAAGCGCCAGCCAAGGAAGAAAAAAGUUCAUCGCAUGCAUCAGCUGCGCCUGCAAAAACAAAAUAUAAGCAAGAAUUCGCUGUGCCUAGUACUGACAAGCAGCUUCGUCAAGUUCAGUCGUUUUUCUCAUUAGCGAUCGGUGGUUACAUGCCGUGGUGCAUUCAGCCUCCGCAAAAGAAGGUAAAUGAAUACAAUUGUUGUUAUGCGUAUUCUGUUAUUUGA